AUGCCGGAGGAGGCCGAUCCUGCUACCAUGGCGGAGCUCGCACGCUCUUCCAAGGCUGCGCCGCAGAACUUGAACCCGCCCUAUGCUCCCUCCAACAUCCAGCCCUACCAACCAGCACCCGGAAGCAAGGCCGCGGCUCAGGCUCCACAGAUGCCUCCGGCUAUGCCGCAGUAUCUCCCGAACGGCAUUCAGAUUGCACCAUACCAGCCGAACGCGCCAGGAGCAGCGCUGACUGUUUGUGGGGGUUUUGGGGGGUUUGGUUCCAUCGGGGCUGCGAGAGCCGAUCUGUGCAUUUCGGGUUCCAUCUCUUAUACUAUUCCGAAUCGACUUCCUCAUAAAAAGCCAUUGAACAUAACCCGAUCCCCAAGGGAAAAAAAUGAUCGAUCCCCAACACUCAUCUCCCCAUACUUUUAUAAUUCCUGGCUGAAAGAGUCUUCAGCUCUCCGGCAGGAGCUCGAGGACCGCCUGGCGCCUUCCCAGGCGUUUGCUUGA